AUGAGGAACCACACGCAAGUGACUGAGUUCGUCCUCCUGGGACUCACGGACGACCCGGAUUUACAGGCUGUGAUUCUCCUCUAUAUGUUUGUCUGCUACGUACUAAGCAUCACCGGCAACCUGGCCAUUGUCAUCUUCACCAUGCUGGACUCCCGCCUCCACACCCCCAUGUACUUCUUCCUGUGCUGCUUCUCCUUCCUGGAGAUCGGCUUCACCUCCGCCUGCAUUCCCAGAUUCCUGGCCACUAUCGCCACCGGAGACAGAACCAUUUCCUUUUCCAACUGCUUCACUCAGCUGUUCUUCUUCAUCUUCCUGGGGGCGACCGAAUUCUUCCUCCUGGCCGCCAUGUCCUAUGACCGCUAUGUUGCCAUCUGCCGGCCCCUGCACUACAGGACCGUCAUGAGCCAGAAAGUCUGCACCCUGCUGGUCCUCUGCUCCUGUCUGGCCGGGUUCCUGGUCAUCUUUCCUUUGAUUAUCCUUGGCCUCCAACUGGACUUCUGUGGCUCAGUAGACAUUGACCACUUCUUCUGUGACUUCUCCCCUCUGCUCCUGCUCUCCUGCUCGGACACUGGGUUCCUGGAGCUGAUGGCUUUCAUCUUGGCCUUGGGGACACUACUGGUCACCUUGGUGUUAGUGGCCGUGUCCUACACAGCCAUCGCUCGCACCAUCCUGAGACUGCCCUCUGCUCAGCAGAAGAGAAAAGCUUUUUCCACCUGCUCUUCCCACAUGGUCGUGGUCUCCAUCACAUAUGGCAGCUGCAUCUUUAUGUACAUCAAACCGUCCGCUAAGGACAGGGUAGACCUGACCAAGGGAGUGGCCGUGCUGAACACUUCCGUGGCCCCCAUGUUGAACCCUUUCAUCUACACCCUGAGGAACAAGCAGGUCAAGCAGGCCAUCAGGGACCUGGUGCACCGCGUUCGAUUUUCCUCCAGGAGGUGA